AUGGUUCGAAAAAGUGUUAGUAACAUCACAUUUGCAACUCGUCUAUUCAAAUACCAGAGCUUCCACUCUCUGCUUCAUCGUUCAGAUCUCAAUGACCACACUCUAGUCUUUGAUGUAGAAGGUACAUUGCUGAAAUCUUCUUCAAUGUUCCCAUACUUCAUGCUCGUUGCAUUUGAAGCAGGAGGGCUCUUAAGAGCCAUGGUUCUGCUUCUGGUGUACCCUUUUAUUUGUUUAGUCGAUGAUGAAACGAGUCUAAAGAUCAUGGUUAUGAUAUGCUUCUUUGGGAUCAAAGAAGAUAGCUGCAGAGUGGGAAGGGCCGUUUUGCCUAAGUUAUUCUUGGAGGAUGUUGGAUCAGAAAUGUUCGAGGUGCUGAAAAAAUGUCGCAGAAAAGUGGGGUUGAGCAAGUUGCCAAGAGUGAUGGUGGAAAGCUUCUUGAAGGAGUAUUUGGAGGUUGAUUUUGUUGUGGGAAGGGAGAUGAAACUGUUCAAUGGCUUCUACGUUGGGUUGAUGGAAGAGAGAAACUGCAUGCAUGAUAAUCUGGAUCUUGUUCACGAUGGCAAAAUAAAUUGUUCCCACAUGAUUGGUGUAUCAGGAUCCGAGAAACAAUUUGGCCACUCCUUCUUUUCUUCGUGCAAGGAGGUGUAUAUGGUGACAGAAGCCGAGAAGAAAAACUGGAAAACCCUAGCAAAAGACAAAUACCCCAAGCCAUUAAUCUUUCACGACGGAAGAUUAGCCUUCAAACCCACACCACUAACCACUCUUGCACUAUUCACGUGGGUUCCUUGUGGCUUCUUCAUUGCGUUGAUUAGGAUCAUAAUUGGAGUUUCACUUCCAUACAACAUCUCAUCACCACUAUUAGCAUUCACAGGCCUUCAUCUCACAACAUCAGAGCCAAAAAAAACCAAAGACCAACAAAAACUGAAGGGUAAUCUUUACGCAUGCAACCACAGAACAUUGUUGGACCCUCUCUACCUAGCCUUCACUUUAAAGAGAGACCUAGUGGCUGUGACAUAUAGUUUAAGCAAAAUGUCUGAGAUACUCGCACCGAUAAAAACGGUGCGUUUGACGAGGAACCGCGACGAGGAUGCAGAGAUGAUGAAAAGGUUGCUGAAAGACGGUGACCUGGUUGUGUGUCCGGAAGGAACCACGUGUCGAGAAGCGUAUUUAUUAAGGUUCAGUCCUUUGUUUUCGGAACUGUGCGAGGAAAUAGUUCCUGUGGCUAUGGAUUGUGGAGUGACAAUGUUUCACGGCACAACUGCAGGGGGUCUUAAGUGUUUGGACCCACUUUUAUUCAUGAUGAAUCCGACACCUUGUUACUCUGUUCAGCUGCUUGAGAAUGUGUCGUCACCUUCACUACGAAGUGGGAGAAUGAGUGAGGAAGCGAGAUUUGAAGUGGCGAAUGAAGUAUCGAGGAAAAUUGGGAGGGUUCUGGGAUUUGAAUGCACCACGCUUAACCGAAAAGACAAGUACUUGGUUUUAGCAGGUAACGAGGGUGCGGUUUCAACCACAAAAACUGGUAGGACUGUAUGAUCAAAACGUUUUAUUGUUGCAUGUGCUUAUUGCCUCGUGUUACCGUUUGUGAUGGAAACUAGACAAAAAUAAAAGUUUGGG